AUGUUACCAUGUUACCAUUGGUGCUCCUCGCUCACACAUCCCCCUCGCGCCCCCCCCCCUCACACCACCCCACACACCAUCUCCCUUCGCCAUGUCCACCCCCUCCCCACCCUCCACGCCCCCUCGCCGUACCCCGCCGAUUACCCACGCCUCUUCGUCACACCCAUCCGCCCUACUCUACUCCGCACCACGCCCCCUCGCUCCCUUCCCUCCUUCCACGCCCCCUCCACCCACCCCCCCCCCCCCACCCUCCUUCGCACCAAGAAUUUUCUCUCGUUCCGAGAAUUCGCACAAUCGACACAAGCAUCGCCCCCCUCCACGCCCCUUCGCUCCCUCCCACACACGCCCCCUUGCUUCCUUCCCAUCCCCCCCGGAACGGCCGCUCGCUUCCUCCCCCCUUUCCCACGCCCUCUCCCCACUUUCCUCGCGCCCCCUCCCCGAGGCGAUAACGAACCAGAGGCGAUAACGAACCAGUGCAUUGAUUGGUCGGCUCAGCUGGAGAUCACGUUCCAGAUGGCUUCGCAAGAGAUUCAGCUGCUGUCGAGCCUGGUGACUGUGUUCUACUUUGGGAAGCAAGGAGACGCCAGACUCGACGAGCCCACGUUCCGCGACUACAUCAACCAGACGCACUUCUCCCGCCCCUUUGCCUCCAACGUUGGCUUCGCGCCCUUCGUCACCAGCGCCGAUCGGGACGCCUUUGAAGCACUCAUGAGGCAGAGGCAGCAGCAGCGGCAGCAGCAGCAGCAGCAACAGGAAAACAUGAGCAGCUGUAUACACGCCCCCAACGCGUCCUGCAUGCCGCAGCAGCCACUCUACGCGCCACUGCUCUUCACCGACCGCUACGUUCCCAUGCCCGGCCAGUCCUUUCUGGGGCUCGACAUGCUCUCCAUUCCUGAGUUGAAGGAAGCUGCGCGGAACGUCCCUCGAGCGGGCCCGUCAGGGCUGCUGGCAGCACCACCAGCGGGACAAUCCCGGGAAGUGGAGAUAAAGCUUUUUCCUGUCUACCGCAACUCCACCGCUGCUGCUGCCGCCGCUGCUGCUGCUUCUGCUGCCGCUGCCGCCGCCACUGCUGCUGCUGCUGCUGGUGCUGCUGGUGGGGCUGCUGGGUUUGGUGCCAGUGCUGGUGGGGUUGCAGGGGCGACAGAGGGUGACCUGGGCCAGUCAAUAGGAGGGCUCAUUGUAGCAACACUGAACACGCCCAACAUGUGGGCUCCGGUCUUCAAGACUCACCACCCGCUGACAGGUGCAGCGGUGGGCCGAGUGUUUGACUCUUCAGGUGGCGUUCGGCGCCUGGUGCAUGCGGGGUGCCCGCAUGGGGUCGCGUGCAACAGCAAUGGCACGGCGGUUGGCACGGAAGGCGGCACAGCGGGUGGCACGGCAGGCGGCACGUAUUUUGCAGAGACCCGCCUGCUGGACCUUGGGAACUCCGUUGGUGUAUUCGAGCUGGAGUGCGCCUACGACACCCCUCCGGUAUCCUACCUAUGGCCGUCCCUCUGGGCGCUCUUUGUGCUCAUGGUCUACUCGUUGCUGGCGCUCGCCGUGUGGGCUCUCUGCUGCCAUCUGGUUUGUCUGGAGCGAGACUAUCAGCGCAUGCAGCGCCUCAAGGACCGCAUGAAGGCCGCCAAGCUCGUCGCAGAGCACGCUGCCAAGGCCAAGAGCAACUUCCUUGCUGUCAUGAGCCAUGAGCUGCGCACGCCACUGAACGCCGUUAUAGGCAUGAUGAAUCUGCUGGUGGACACGCCUCUGGACGCUACCCAGCUGGAUUAUGCCGAGACGGCUCGCACCAGCGGACGGGCGCUCGUGUCUCUCAUCAACGACAUCCUUGACCUCUCAAAGAUCGAGGCCAACCGCAUGGUGCUGGAGAAGGCACCUCUGGAUAUCCGGAGAGAUGUGGACGAGGUGCUGACCAUGUUUGUCGAGAGAUUCAGAGAGAAGCCGCAAGUGGAGGUAGCAGCAUACGUCGACCCCUCCGUUCCGCAGCUUGUUCUGGGAGACUCGCUCCGGCUCCGACAGGUGCUGGCCAUGCUUGUGGAGCGAUUCAGGGAGAAGCUGCAACUGGAGGUGGCGGCUUACGUCGACCCCUCCGUGCCGCAGCUUUUUCUGGGGGACUCUUUCAGGCUCCGACAGUUGCUGAUCAACGUUCUGUCCAACACGUGCAAGUUCACUGAACGUGGACACAUCCUCAUUUCCACCUUCUCACCCCCACCUGCCCCCUUCCACGCUUCAACCCACCAGGUGCUGAUCAACGUGCUGUCCAACGCGUGCAAGUUCACUGAACAAGGACACAUCCUGGUGUGUGUGCGCACGGCCCCCUUCACAGAGGAUAUUCGGCGAGUCAUUGUGCUCAAGGGCUCCGCAGGGCAGGUGGUAUCUGUAUCGGAUUCUAAGUCAGCAGGCCAAGUGGUCCCUCUCCCCUCCCCCAGCCUCCAAACCAACAGCCCUCAAGCCAAACCCCGCAUCUCACCCAGGGGAACCCCACCAGCCAAUCAGAGCAUGACAGGUGGCAGCCGGGCAGCAGGGAGGGAGGAGGCGUUGGGUGUGGGGUGCGGGGGAGGAGCGGGGGCUGAAGCCUGGCGGACGUGUAUAGAAUGGUCGCCAGUGCUGGUGGGCAGCAAGGGUGCGGGAAGUGCGGGAAGUGCUAGGGAGAGCGGCAGCAGGGGGAGUGGAAUGCGAGGGGAGAGAAGGGUGUUGACCCGGGAAGGGACUGGGAGUUCGGGAGAUCUCAAGAGGGUCGAAAGGAGACUCAGUGAAAGCCCGUUGGGUGGUGGUGGUGCUGGUGGUGCCAAAGCCGCCACCACCCACCAGCGCUCUCGCCUCACUUCGUCUGCUGCUGCUGCUGGUACUGCCUCAGCUCCUGCUGGUGCCGGUGCCAGUGCCACUGCCGGCCGUGGUGGUGCCGCUUCUGGUAACCGCUCAGCCGCCGUGGUAACCGUCCUGCAGAAGUCCGUGCGGCUGGUGAUCUCCGUAGAGGACACAGGAGUGGGGAUUCCCUACGGAGUGCAGCGGCACAUCUUCAAGCCGUUUGUCCAGGCCGACGCGUCCAACACGCGCACGCACGGCGGCACGGGGAUUGGUCUUGCCAUUUCCCGCCAGCUCGUGAAGCUCAUGGGCGGGCAACUGACGUUCUCCAGCCGCCCGGGUGUCGGCACGACGUUUUAUUUUGACAUUGUGGUUCCGUGUGCGAGUGCGGCGGAGGAGGCGGAGGCUGCUGUGGCGGCUAUCACCCCGAAAGGCCGCGACGGGAUGGGCGCGUUUUCGAGUUACUGGGGCGCUCCUGAUGCCGGUGGUGCUGGUGCUGGUGCUGGUGUGGGUGGGAAUGGGGGGGUUGAAGGCAACGUGGGGCAAUCGGCAGUGGAGCUUCAGAUGGGGUUCGACCGGAAUGCGUCAGCUAAGGAUUUGCAAGCACUCGCAGAUUUGGCUAGAGAGUCGACCCACGGGGCGGACUGGCACAGGCAGCUGCGGCCGGGGUGCCGCGACGGGCAGUUCCGAAAUGUUUCGGCGCGCGUGCUGGACGGGAAUGGGGUCAUGGACCGUAGUGGUGGUGGUGGUGGUGCUGCUGCUGCUGCUGCUGCUGCUGCUGAUGCUGGUCGUGCUGAUGCUGGUAGUGGUGGUGUUGGUUUUGAUGGUGGUGUUGGUGCUGCUGCUGCUGCUGCUGCUGCUGCUGGUAGUGCUGCUGAUGCUGCUGCUGCCAGUUACGCCCCCUGUUUUGAUAGGAUAGACUGGCACGGCAACCGGCACAUGCCGCAGCAGGUGGGUGCAAACGUCACGAAUGCGAACACCAACCCCAACACCAACACCAGCAUCCACAUCAGCAGCAGCGGCAGUAGUAGCGGGGGCGAGAGCAAGGGCAGCGGGAGCAGCAGGGGAAGACUCACAGACACCCUGUCAGCCGAGGCAGCGGAUGUUGUCUUCCCGACUGCCUUCCCCCCGUCAGCAUCUGCCUCCAGUGCUUCUAUCCGCUCCCUCUCUGGUCUUUCGAAGGUCGGCAUUGCUUCGGCGGGCCUGCAGAUGCCUGGCUCGGCCAGUGCUGCGGAGGAGGAGAGUGAGAUUGUGCCUUUCAGCGGGUGUAUGGGCCUCGUGCGAGGUAACUCGGCACAGGUUCAUCCGACAGGCGUGAACCUAGCACGGAGUGACUCGGCAUGUGCUGAGUCAGCACGCACUUGCGCUGCUCGCUACUCCUCGUCACCCCAUGCACUGCCAGGUGGACGACAACAAGCUGAUUGGACUCAUGCUGCAACACUGCUCUUCCCUCACACCAUUCUCCUCACGCUGCACUCUGCACUUCUCCCAUACACCCCCCCACCCGUCCACCUCACCUCCCGUACCCCCCCUCCCCUUCCUCCCUUCCUCCUUCCCCCCCUCCAGGUGGACAACAAUCCGGUAGAUGACAAUCGGGUGAACCGCAAGGUGAUCGGGCGCAUGCUGCAGCGGUACGGCGUGGAUGAGGGUUCUGUAUGUUCUCCUGAGCUCGCCUUUUCUCCCAUACGCCCCCUCCCCUCCCAGGUGGAUGACAACCUAGUGAACCGCAAGGUGGAUGACAACCUAGUGAACCGCAAGGUGAUCGGGCGCAUGCUGCAGCGGUACGGCGUGGGGGUGGAGAUGGUAGAUGGCGGCAGGAAGGCCAUUGAGAGGCUCGUGACCGGCGGGUGGGACAUCGACUGCAUUCUCAUGGACGUGCAGAUGCCCGAGAUGGAUGGGUGUGAAGCAACAGCUGCCAUCAGGAAGCUUGAAGGGGAGAGGCGGAUGGAGAGAGAGGCGAGUGCACAGAGGGCGGAACGGGCAGAAAGGGAGGAGAGGGCGGAGGUGGAGGAGAGUGGGAGGGCGGAAGGGGAGGGAGAGUGUGCAAGGGGGGCUGUGCCAGCGCAGAGGGCGCAACUGAGGGCCUCCCUUCCCGUUUCAGCACGAGACACAUCAGCAGCAGCACCGAAGACAGGAUUACCAGGAUCAUUAGCAGCAGCAUCAGCAGCAGCAUCAGCAGCUGAAAGCACGGGAGGAGUGCUACCUAAGCCACCCACCCCUGCCAGAUCUCCAACCGCUCUGCACCCCCUGAAAUCGCCGAUGCACGCCCCAACCCACACUCGUUCGCCCUCGUUCCAAGCGCGCACGUCCGCCUCCCCCCUGCAGCUUCUCAGAAGCAACCGGCACCGGCGGCACUUGAGCAGCGGGGAUUUGGAUGGGCUAGGUGCUGGGCUGUGCACCCCCUCACAGGCUGCUGUGCAAUCUGAUGCAGCAGGGCACAGGCACACCCCAUCCCCCAAGGAUGGGCACUUGGGAGUGAAGCUCAGCCCAGCCUUGCAGGCUCGGCAAGCUGCAGUGAAUAACAGUCCAAACCUAAAGGCCGAGCCAUCUGCAGCAGCACACAGCCCAGCACGAGGCAGUGGAGUCAGGCCUAAAGCAGUGGCUGUUAGUAGCCCUAGGAAUGGGCCCCACAGGGAGGUGAGACUUGGGGUGGGUACUCCCAAGGGAGGGGUGUUCUCUAAGUGGGUGGAGUUGACUAGUCCCACGUGGGAUAGGCAGCAGGUUUUGGAGCAGCAGCCUCUGCUGGAAGAGGAGGGGAAGAAGGGAGAGGGAGGAGUGACAAAGAGGGGGAGCCAGAUUCAGCAGGGGAACGAGCAACACCAGCAAAGGCAGGGUGUGCAGCAGCAGCAGCAGCAGCAGCAGCAGCAGCAGCAGGGGCGAGUUCGAGAUAUGGAUAGGGUGUUGAUAUUUGCGUUGACUGCGGAUAUUGGUGCGGGAACGAGGGAGCGGUGCGCGCAGGUGGGCAUGGAUGGGUACAUGACCAAGCCUGUGGAGGAGGAGCAGCUGUGCCGAGUGAUGCUCGGUCCCCUCAGAUUACGGAAGCAAAUGAAAUUGGGAGCAACAUCUGAUGGAGAGUAG